CCAAGAGAAAUCUCCAGACGAAUUCGUAUCAAUGACCAUUCUUUAUUAGGAUUUGGGUGUUUUUCAGAAAAGUCAACAUCGGUCUGCAAAUUUUCUCUUCUGGUUUGUUAUUUUUCCAGUCGUGAUCAUGGGCGAGGAGAGCGGGAAGGAGAAUGCCUUUGUUAAAACCCACAACUUCAUCUACAACUUUUUCGAUAAGCCAGUCACUUGGUUUCAUGAUGUGAUCGUGAAGCCCAACCAGAAGAGCUAUCCAUGGUAUCAUCAGAAGUUCCGGCGUGUUCCCACAAUCGACCAGUGCUACACUGAUGAUGUAGUGUGCCAGUUUGAGGCGGAUCAGCAAUUCAAGAGGGAUAAGAUGGUGGACAGCGAAAUCCUGAACAUUUUGCGCCAGCGCUUCGAGGACUGCGUCCACUACGAGGCCCCAGAUGAGAAAAGAAAGUGCGUAGACAUUCUGGAGUUAUACAACCAGGCGAGCGCGGACUGGUUCACCAAGUAUGGCGAUCUGGGAGUGUACGGCCAGUCUAAGGCGGCCUACAUGAAGCAGAAGCACCGGAUGAUUUGGGAGAGACGCCACGGACCAGUUGGAUCCGGCAUGAAGACGGAGGACUCAGAGGUGCUGGCGCACUAGAGAUCACCCAGUCCCACAGACAUAAAGUGUAGUUAAUGCCGGAAGUCAUCGUUAUAGUCCAGAAAGGGUAAUAAAACAUUUAAAUAUCACAUAUAUUUUUCGUUGAAACGGUUAAAAAUCUGUUUUGAACUUCAACAAGCAGGAAGUUUUCUCUAAAAUUAUCCUUUUUAUCUAUACGAAUCUUCCUUUCAACUUGACUGAGUUGCUCUCGUCUUGUUAUUUCUCUGAGCAAUAGAGAUAAUCUUAUGAAAA